CUGCUAACUGGAGCUGGCUAACUGUCUGUGUAAAUUAACAUCCAGCUCUAGUUUGACUUUAAAUGAAAAAUAUUUUUUAUAAUAAUUACAGUUUGGUUGCCCCUCCCUCCAUUGGCGAGACCAUAAUGCACCUUAUAAUCUGAAAAAUACAGAAUCUGUCCUUAAGCCCCAAGAUGCAAGUUUGUGUCCAACAAUCGAACCCAACCCAGCCCUUCCCAGUAACCAGAUCCCAAAGCCACACCGCAAGGCAGCCCGAUGCCCAGCCACCAGCCCAACCCCUGCAUCUGCCCUGCAUCCAACAACUGCAGACCACCAACUAAAAAUAUCCAACUAUUCCCUCAGCGCACCGCACACUGCCUCCUUCAAUAGCCUGAUCUCGUGUCAGAGAUAGAGAAACCCAAGCCUGGUGAGGUGUGGGUCUCCAUGCGGGCCAAGGCCCUCUUCUCUGUGACAGCUAUGAGCAACAGUGCUGCGAGCCCCAUGGGAGCCAGCAGCACCUCCAUGGCAGGGAGAGGAUCCGGAAAGACCACCAGCUUCAUCCCGGAGCUCCAGAGCAUGAUGUUUGCUCUCGGAGAUUCUCGGAGACCGCUGCAUGAGACUGCCGCCCUGGUGGAGGACAUAGUGCACACCCAGCUUAUCAACCUGCUUCACCAGGCAGCUGAGGUGGCUCUCCUUCGAGGAGCCAGGGUCAUCUCACCAGAGGAUAUCAUCUUCCUCAUGAGGAAAGACAAGAAAAAAAUGCGCAGACUCCUCAAGUACAUGCAGUUCCGAGACUUCAAGUCCAAACUGAUGAAAACUGUAGAUGAUGAAGACCCUCUGGACCCAGACAAAUACUCCAGCAGCAGCAGUGUCAACAAAAGGCAGCGGCUGGCGCAGGACUUCCUGGGCUCCAUCGACCAGACGGGGGAAUUUUUGGCACUUCUGGAAGACGAGGAGGUGGACGAAGUGAAGCAGGAGAGGAUGGAGAGGCUUGAAAAACAGACAAGAAGCAUGGACUCCUCACAGUACAGUGAUUUCUGCGAAAGCCGACAACUCAGUUUUUCUAAAAAGGCCUCCAAGUUUCGGGAGUGGCUGGACUGCAGCAGUCUGGAUGUGAAGCCUAAUGCUGUAUCAAUGGAGAUUCUGUCAUAUUUGGCCUAUGAGACUGUUGCACAGAUCGUUGACCUUGCGCUGUUGGUUAAACAAGACAUGACCCCCAAAACAGGGGAUCCUUUUGGCCAUGCCAUCUCAGCCACUUUUUUCCAGUACCACAGCUCCAGUUCUGAGGCUGUAUCGACCAAAAGAGAGACAGAAUCUCCAGAGAACACGCCUCCAUCCACCCCCAGUGGCCCACUGAGCUCAGGCCACCAGAGCAAGCUGCACUCCAUGGCCCAGGGCAACGGCAGCCUCAGCCAGGACUCCAGCAGCAAGACCAAACAGCGCAAGAGAAAGAAGAGUGCAGCAGCCUGUGGUGCGGAGGCUCAGAGCAGUGCCAUCCAGCCCGCCCACAUCAGAGAGGCCAUCAGGCGCUACAGCCACAAGAUUGGCCCGCUCUCCCCCUUCUCAAGUGCCUACCGCAGGAGCGGCAUGACUUUCCUGGCUUGCUGAAGAGCUGCGAGAGGAAGUGAUGGAGGGAUGCAGGAACAGCAGUGUGUGUGUGUGUGUGUGUGUGUGUGUGUCUCUCUCUCUCUCACCUCAUCUGUCCGUGCGCUGCUGGAGCUGAGUGUGAGAGCGCUGCUGCGGCGGCGGGUUUCUGCAGGCCGCCUGUGAGCUUGUUUACCAGCCCUGCUGCUCUGUUCGUUUAGAGAGGAAGACUUGCAGGCUGUGUAGGCUGGCAGGAAUGCAGGCAGCGGGACGGUUCGUUGGCGCCUGUUUGUGUUCUGUUGCUGCAGCUGUAGUUAAAAGAAAAAAAAACUAUACCACCUUUGAGUUUUCUUGUUUCAUUAGUCAUUAGAUUAGAUUUUUUGCUUAUUUUUUUUUAUAUAAAUUACGUACAUCUGUAUUUUUUUUGUCUUAUUUUUGAUGUUUUUGCUUUACAUUGUGUGAACUUUUUGUAAUGUAUGAGCAAAUGAUACAAUGUAAGUGAUUUGAUUUGAUUUGUUUUAUGGCUAUUUUGUCUCAGUUGUCCAAAAAUUUGUAUCUCCAAAAUGGCAGUUUUACAUAAAAAAAAAAAAAACCGUUGAAGUCAGUGUAAAAAGAUUGUGAAGAUUUUUGAAGCAUUUCUAUUCGUCUGUUCAUCCUGAAAAGUAUAGAAAAAAAAAACGUAUUUCUGGUUUACCAAAUACAGUAUAAACAUUGUACACAUACACAUGUUUACUAUUGACUGUUGUUUUUUUGUUAUAUUUGUUGUUUUCUAUUUGGUACAAAUAAUACAAGAAUUUAAGUUAAGAGCAUUCUGCGCUGUGAUUGGACCGUGCGUAUCACAUUAGCAGAGUCAGGAGUCGGCUCGUGUGUUUAUGCGCUGGUAUCACGCGAUAGACUUGCAGAGGGUCUGGCUCCAAUAAGGGCAUCAUCAACAUCUGCACUUUAAUGAAGGCUGCCUUUUCUAGUGAUAAUGAAGUGACUGAGGUACUUCCAUAAGUCUGUGGUCACCUUAACUCUGCUAACUCGGCCUCCUCGGAGCCGUUUUCAACACCAGCUUUGUAACCGUCAGUGUUUUUAACCCUUAAUGCCUAUAACCAAAUGUAAAAUAAAACGUAUUACGUGUUAUAAAGCA